AUGAGGGUGCUUGGUUUGAGCUCAAGCUUAUGCUCAAGUGAGGACAAGGAAGAAGAAGAAGAAAUCAUUGGACUCGCACCGGUGUAUCUCAACGUGUAUGAUCUAACACCUGUCAACAAUUAUCUCUACUGGUUUGGGCUUGGCAUCUUUCACUCUGGAAUUCAAGCUCAUGGUUUCGAAUAUGGAUACGGUGCUCACGAGUAUUCGAGCAGCGGGGUGUUUGAGGUUGAACCUAGGAGCUGUCCAGGUUUCAUCUUUAGGCGGUCAGUUUUCUUGGGAACCACCAGCAUGUCUCGCUCAGAUUUCCGCUCCUUCAUGGAGAAGCUCUCGCGGAAGUAUCACGGGGACACGUACCAUUUGAUAGCCAAAAACUGUAACCACUUCACUCAAGAAGUGUGCUUGCAGGUAACAGGAAAGCCUGUUCCCGGAUGGAUUAAUCGGAUGGCUCGACUAGGUUCUUUCUGUAACUGUAUCCUUCCAGAGAGCAUACAGCUCUCAUCUGUUAGACAUCCGGAAGCUCUCGAGUUCUCUGAUGAUAAUGAUGGAUCAGAAGAAUCAGUUGCAUCGUCGUCCCUGUCAGACGAAACGGAUGGAGAAGGAUCAGAUCAUCAUCUCAUAACAGCACCAAACAGCGACAUCGCAUAUCUACAAGACAGACCAGUGCGACUAGCCCGAGAGCUCCUCCAAGAACCAGCAGAUGCAUGUUGA